AUGUCCUAUAAUCCCAGGUACCAGAUGUGUAUCAAGUUUUCAGAUGACUUGGGAAUGGAUGAAGAGGCUGUGGACCUUGGUGGCCCUCGGAGAGAAUUUUUACGGUUGCUCAUGGAAGCUCUGGCACUGUCACCAACGUUUGAAGGAAGAGACGGCAAGUUGAUUUUGGCUUUGGACAGUUCAGCUUUAAGAGAAGAUCGAUAUUUUAUGGCUGGCCAGGCCAUUGCUGCAAGUCUUGUCCAUGGGGGUCCUCCACCAGGAUUCAUUGCACCAACACUGUAUUCUCGUCUAGUUGGUGCCAAUUCCUCAAAGCCUGUCUUGGAAGACAUUGCUGAUACAGACCUCUGUGAGAAGGUUAAAAAGGUGUCUGAAUGUACAUCUUUGGAUGACCUAAUUGACGCCACUGAACCACUGCAAGAUUACCUGGCAAAUGCUGGGUGUCUCAAGCCACUGAAAUGCAUUGACGACAAAAAUCUGGUUCAAGAUAUUCUGAUGUUUCAGGUGGUCCACAGAGUCUACGGGGCAUUUGAAAGUCCAGUGCCAACAAUCACAUGGAGGAAGAUAAAUGGCAACAUCCCCAAAAAAGCAAGACUUCGGAAGUCCCAGGCCGUGCUGGAAAUUCCCAACAUUCAGCUGGAGGACUCAGGAACUUACGAAUGCAAGGCAGAGAAUCCGAGAGGAGGCACUGCUUUCAAAGGACAUCUGCAGGUCUACACCCUUCCUCAGUGGGUCAGAAUGAUUAAUGACACUCAGAUGGAUAGUGGAGAGAAGCUCCAAUGGGAGUGCAAGGCCAUGGGGAGGCCCCGGCCCACCUAUCACUGGCUUCGUAAUGGUUUGCCCUUGACAUCCCAGGGUCGAGUUGAAAUAGUGAAUGGAGAACUGACCAUUCAUAAAGUGCAGCAGACAGACUCAGGAAUGUACCAGUGUGUUGCAGGAAAUAAAUACGGGGCCAUCUACUCAAAUGCUGAACUCAAGAUUUUAGCCUCGGCUCCUGUCUUUGUCCACAAUCCCAUACGGGUCAUUGCCACACUUGGAAAAGAUGUAUCACUAGAAUGCAAACCCAGAGCAUCGCCCAAACCACGGAUAACAUGGAAGAGAGGAGACAGACGGAUACAGCAAAGUCGAAGGAUUAUGUUGUUACGGAACAAUACUCUCAGAAUUGUUAACUCCAGCCGAGCGGAUGAGGGGAACUAUGUGUGCCGGGCGGAGAAUCAGUUGGGCUCAGCAGAGAUGACUGCCAUGCUGUGGGUAAAAGAGGCCAUGCGUGUGGAGCUUAGCCCGAGCAGAGUGGAAGUGACUGUGGGGGAGAGCGUGGUGCUGAGCUGCAAGGCGACACAUGACACUUCACUGGAUGUGGCUUUCCAGUGGUCCUUCAACCAGAGACCAAUCAACUUUCAGCAGGAUGGCGGCCACUUUGAAUACAUCCAAACACAGUCCUCCACGGUGGAUCUGAUGAUUAGGAGCAUUUUGUUGAAGCAUGCUGGGAAGUAUGGGUGCCGGGCCCAGACCAGUGCUGACACUGUAUCUGCAGAGGCUGAGCUCCUUGUCCGAGGUCCCCCUGGACCCCCUGGAGUGGUGAUAGUGGAGGAGAUCACUGAUACCACAGCCACCCUGUCCUGGACUCGUGGCUUGGAUAACCACAGCCCUAUCAGCACCUAUAAUUUACAGGCCCGCAGCCCAUUUUCAUUAGGCUGGCAAACUGUCAAAACAGACCCAGACCCAGUGACAGGGGACAUGGAGUCAGCCAUGGCUGUGGAGCUCAACCCCUGGGUGGAAUAUGAGUUCAGGGUGGUGGCAAGCAAUGCAAUCGGGACCGGUGAUCCCAGCGCGCCUUCAAGAGGAGUUAGGACAAAAGAAGCAGUCCCGUCAGUGGCACCAGCAAAUGUAAGCGGAGGGAACGGCCGCAGGCAUGAACUGGUCAUCUCGUGGGAGCCUGUGUCUGAGGAAUUCCAAAAUGGUGAAGGCUUUGGGUAUAUUGUUGCAUUUCGUGCCAAUGGAACCAGAGGCUGGAAGGAGAAGAUGGUGACCUCUGCGGACUCUACAACGUACAAAUACAGAGACGAGACCUUCCCUCCCCUCACCCCAUUUGAGGUAAAGGUUGGAGUUUACAACAAUAAGGGAGAUGGGCCAUUCAGCAAAGUCGUCAUCAUCCACUCUGCUGAGGGGGAGCCCAGGGAGGCACCAUCUGAUGUGAAAGCGUACAGUAUUUCUUCAUCGGAAAUUAGAGUCACUUGGAAACCGCCCAAUCCUGGACCCGGAAGACCAAGAGGAUAUGAGGUCAGCUACUGGAAAGACAUGGAUCAGGAAGAGUCGGGGAAAAAACAAAGAACUGUGAAAAACGAAACGUCCAUGGUCUUGACAGGACUAGAGGGCAACAGUCUGUAUCUCAUCACUGUAAAAGGCUUCAACAGCAUCGGCCAGGGUCCUGCCACCACUGCUGUCACAGCCAAGACCAGGAAAGCCCCUCCUGCUCAACCACCAACCAACCUCAUGUGGAUUCAGGAGGGCAACAAUGUGUCUUUAAGCUGGGACCCAGUGAAGGCAAAAGACAAUGAAUCUGAUGUCAUCGGGUAUAUGGUGUUAGUCAAACAGGAGAGCAGAAGCCACAACCAGGUGACAAGAACCAUUAACCCUUCCACCAUGCUCUCACUGCCAGAGGGAGGCACCUAUAUCAUUGAGGUGCGCGCCCUCAGCGAAGGGGGAGAGGGAGCGGUCAGCUCCCAAGUUCGAGUGGUCACCUCCUCUGGUGUUCGAGCAAAAAGCAACCAGUGCUCAGUGCACUGCCUGCCACAGAGCCUAACAUGGACAGCACUGCUCCUGGUUCUUCUGGUGCCUUCAGCUUCCUGGUGAGGCCAGUGUGCCAUCCUCAUUUUCAUGGAGGGAGCCACCAGUCUUCCGCUCCCUUAUUCCCUCUGACUGCCUGCUUGCUUCGGCCUUACCCAUCCCAAAGGGCCCGAGGCCUGCCAAAGGGGGUUGAGUCUGCCAGUUACCAUGCGGCUCUUCAGAGUUCAUCCUUUUAAGUUCCCUGAUUCUUCUGAAGCCCUGGACAUUUGAUUUGCACAGUUCUUUCCAACAUCACAAUAGUGUUGUACUGUAGUGUACAUUGUGUGGAAAGAUUUGUUUAAUCAUUUCCUUUAACAUCAUGUGUUCCUCUCAUUGACUGGAAUCUAACAACUUCCAGACAGCUCCUACAGCUCUGGGGUUCUACAGAGCAUGAACAAUUCCUCGAAAGCUGCUGUGGUAGUAAUACAGGGAUCAGCCGGCCUGUUUCUUUUCAUUACUUAUCUGCAUCAAUUUACCCCUUGGCUGCCUAACAAGCAAUGCAGCAGAAGCUCAGUAGAGAUAAGUGCAUUGUUUUCUUAUUCACACAUUGAGGAGAAAAAAAGUUUUUUAUGAAACCAAGAAUCUUACUAUUUCCAGACUUGCUUUUUGUACAUUGUGUUACCUUUAGAGAAAAACACCGUGGUGUGUGUCAGCUAUGUCAAACUCUCUGUUUUUGGUAGUGAUUAAGCAAUGCUUGGUGAUACAGUUUGUUGACUGUUGGAUGUAUGGAGAUAGGAAACAGGUUCCCACCUGUAGUGCCCGAACACAUCAAUAGACAAAGACAACUCUGUACGGACUCUUGGUGUCAGUACAAAUAAAUGUGAUGUAUAUUUUUUAAA